AUGACAUCUAAUGAUAGUGAACAGGAUGGCUGGUAUACAGCUAGUUGUGGUAAUUGUAUAUUUACGUUACCUACACGAUAUCAAAAUUUAGUUCAUAUUGGAUACGGAACUUAUGGCGCUGUUGGUCGUGCCACAGAUACCUUAACCGGCAAAUCUGUAGCAAUAAAGAAACUUCUUCAGCCUUUUCAAACACAUAUACACGCAAAACGAACGUAUCGUGAGCUCAAACUACUGAUACAUCUAAACCAUCCUGAUUCACAAGUUAUACAAUUAUAUAAUGUAUUUACACCUGAAAAAAAUGUCAACGAAUUUAAAACGUUAUAUUUGGUAUUUAAUGAUGCUGGCUAUGAUUUAAAUCGAAUGAUAAAAAAGCUACCUCCUACAGAAUCAUACGUUAAACAUAUGAUCUAUUCGAUUCUUCGUGGUUUGAAAUUUAUUCAUUCAGCUGGCAUUAUUCAUCGCGAUUUAAAACCAUCGAAUAUUGGAAUUGAUAAAAAUUCCAAUGCUACGAUUCUUGAUUUUGGACUAGCACGUGUUGAGUCGACUGCUCUUCCAACUGCCUAUAUUUCAAGCAGAUGGUGGCGCGCACCAGAAGUAUUUCUCAAUGAGCAAAAAUACGAUAAAAAGGUUGAUAUAUGGCCUGUGGGCUGUAUCAUGGCAGAACUUAUCUUACACAAACCACUUUUCCCUGGAAACGAUAUUAUUGAACAGCUAAAUAAAAUAAUCGACAUUCUAGGUACACCGGAUGAAGCAACAUUAAAUGAAAUAUGUUCCACAGAGGCAGCUAGUUUUAUUCUUAAAAUGGAACCUAAACAGCGAAAAGAUUUUCAUGAAUUGUUCGGUUAUAAAUAUGGUUCAAAAACGCCAGUACCAAUAUCAGGUGUUUCACCAAAAGGUAUUGAUUUACUUGAACGACUUCUAUCAUUUGAUCCUCGUCAACGACCUACUGUCGAAGAAGCAUUAGCUCAUCCAUUUUUGGAAAAUUUGCACGAUCCAAUGCAAGAACCAACUAUAGAUCCUAUGAUCGAUGAACAUCAAGACCUAGAUUAUACGAAGGAGCAAUGGAUAUCUAUUGUGUGGCAAACGGUUCAAGAAUUUUCACCACCAUUAUGGAUCAAUGAUGAUUCAGAUGACGAUUCAUAA